AUGUUGGAAUAAAUUUUUGGAUAUUUAAAUCAAAUAGUUGAUUUUUAUUAAGAACUUUAUGAUUAUAAAAUUGUAAAGAAAACAGAAGAUUAUGAUUUCUUAUUACCUGACGAAAAUCUAUUUGAACAGAAAAAGCUUUAAGUGCUUAUGGAUAAAAAAUGAUUUAGAAACCAUAAGAACCAUGCAUAUUUGUUUAGACAACUAAAAACAUUAACUAAGUAANUGCAAAAAAUUAGGGAUGCGUAUUUGAUUACAAGAAGAAAACAUGCAGUGAUUUUAAAGGGUGUUCAUUUUACGAUUUAUAGUCGCACCAUGAGUGCAGUUUCAAUCUUCCUUCUAAUUGUUAUUAUGAUUCAGAACUCAAAAGGUGUGAAGAUUAAUCUUAGCUUCCCAAAGCUACUAUUAUCGUAGUGUUUUCAUGGAAGAGAAGGACUUUGUGUUGUUAAAGAUGGGAAAUGUUAAGAAUUUACUGAAUGUGAAGAUGUAGCUGGGAAUGAUAUAAGAUUUAAAGAAGCAGGGCUAGCAUGCCGCCGCACUUCUGAAGAUUACCCAUGUGUAAAAAUGAUUGGGGGUUGUUAAUAUGCCACAGAAACAACUUGCUUUGAAGCUCGCGUAAGAAUGAACAGCUAUGAAUCCUACCUUUGUAAAGAAAAAACUGUUUUAAAAGUGGACUGCAUCGAUUGGAAUCCAGCUAACGAAAGUUUAGAUACUUGCCUUUUUGAAUCUUUUGGUACACAUCAUUGGAAAAACAAUAAAUGCGAGAAAUGUUAACCAGGUAAACCAAAUUUUAGCAUAGAAUUAGAAAUAGCGAUUAUACUAUUGUCGCUAACAUUUUGA